AUGGUUAAUGAUUAUUUCGAUUUACUUAAUGAAAAUUCGAAAAAACGUAAUUCAGUUAUUGAAUUAUCAAAUAAAUUCCCUAAUGAUAUUCAAUGUCCUUCAUCAAUAAAUAAUUUAAAUAAUAAAAAAACAAAUUGUGUACAAUUGUAUAAACCGAUUUAUAUUGCUCGUCAUUCAAAAAUUGUCAAUGAUAAAUUUUCUUAUGAUGAGGGUGAUGAAUUUGAAUUAAUUAAUAAACUAAAUGAAGAUUAUUUUCAUGUUAUUCAUUUACGUACAAAUACACAAUGUACGUUACACCGAGCUUAUAUUUAUCUAGAUCUUGAAACACCAUUACGUUUAGGUAGUGAUGAUCGAGGUGUUAUACAAAGAUGUUUACUUCAAUAUAAUAUACCUGGUGCAUAUCUUAUACGUCGAAGUAAAAAUGAAUCAAAUGCAUUUGUUUUAAGUAUAUCACAGAUAUCAAAUCAAAGAAAUGCUGAAGAUUGGCAUUAUUUAAUAUGUAUUAAUCCAAAGACUCGUUGUUUUUAUUUUGCACAAGAAUCUAAAUUAGAUCGUAUAUUAUUUACUUCAUUUCGAAAACUUAUUCAUCAUGAAAAAGUUCUUGAUGUUAUACCAUUAACAAAACGAAUACCAUUUCAAAUUGAAUUUGAAGAAGAUCUUUGGCAUAUUCCUAUACGUAAUUUAACACUUGAAUAUCGUAUUGGUAUUGGUGAAUUUGGGGAAGUUUGGCGUGCACUAUGGCAAAAUGGUAAGCGAAAAAUACCAGUUGCAGUUAAAAAAUUACAUCGAUUAAAUGAAAAUCAAUCAACAAUAAAUAAUUAUAUGCCUGAAAUUGAAAUCUUAAAAACAUUAAGAAAUAAUUAUAUUGUUACCCUUUAUGGUGUUGCACAAGAUUUUCAAACAAAUGAAAUAUUACUUAUAACAGAAUUAAUGGAAAAUGGUGAUUUAAAAAAUUGGUUAGAAUUAUGUCAAGAUGUACCAAAUGAAAAGACUAUUAUUUCUUAUGCAUAUGAUAUAUGUCGUGGUAUGACAUAUCUUGAACAACAAUCACAUGUACAUCGUGAUCUUGCUUGUAGAAAUCUUCUUUUAGGUGUUGGAAAACGUACAGUUAAGAUAGCAGAUUUUGGUUUAUCAACAUUUAUUAAUAAAAAUGAUUAUACACAACAUAGAGAAACUUAUUCUCAACGAUUACCUAUACGUUGGACAGCACCCGAAGUACUUCAUGAUCAAAAAUUUUAUUCAAUAAAAUCUGAUGUUUGGUCAUUUGGUAUUGUAUUAAUUGAAAUAUGGUUAAAAGGUGAUGAUCCUUAUCCUGAAGAAAAAGAAUUUUCUGCAAUUCGAUCACUUGUACAAAAUGGAUAUAUUCAUAAAAAACCUUUGAAAUGUUCAGAUCGAUUUUAUAAUCGUUUAAUACUUCCAUGUUUAUCGUAUAAACCAAAUCAACGACCAAAUUUUCAAUCAUUAGUCGAAAUUUUACAUCAAUGGAAUAAAGAAAAAAUUGAACAUGAACGUUUAAAUUAUUCAAAUGUAGAAUUUUUAUCAUAG